AUGACCGCCCCUAUCGUCCUUAAAGGCGGCUGCGCCUGCUCCAAGAUCCGCUAUACCAGCACCGUCCUCCCAGACUGGAUCGACCACUGUCUCUGCACCACCUGCCGCAAAUGCGCCGGCGCCCCCUUCCAAACCUUUGCCGGCUUCCCCGCCAGCGCCAUCACCUGGACCACCGAGCCACCCAAGUAUUUCCGGGCAAGCGAAUGGGCCAAACGCGGGUUCUGCGACCAGUGCGGCUCCAGCUUGACCUUCGAGGUGGACGUAACUCCGGACAAAAUCUCGCUUGCGGCGGGGAGCUUUGACGAUUGGGACGUCAAGGGCGGGAAGGACGCAUUUGUGAAACCGGAGUCUUAUUGUUUUACGAAGGAAACGGCGGCGUGGUUUGAGGUGCCGAAUGAUGGGCUGGAGAGACAUCACGAAUUGCCGGCCAAGGUUAUGGAGGAGUUCGAGAAGAAACUGAAUGAAGCGAAAGGAACAAGCUGA